UUAGAACAUCGUGGUAUAGUUUCUCCAAGCAUAGUAGAACACACGUCGUCAGUCCAGGUGGCGCAGGAUGAAGGUGCCGUUUUACUCUGCGUGGCCCAAGGGUGCCCAACACCUGAAUACAGAUGGUAUUCGCAAUCAGGGCCGGAACCUUUGCUGGUUCUGGCGGGUCCAAGAAUAAGGUUACUGGGCCCUGUUUUGGCAGUAGAAGCCGUGACGCCGGACGAUGCAGGCCAAUACCGCUGCACUGCCGUAAACGCGGGCGGAGAAGCCAGUGCCGAACUCAGACUGUCAGUUACUACUCCACUCAAUGUUGAAGUAUCGCCGGCGAUGUUGAGCGUUCACAUGGGCGGCGCCGCCGAAUUUAGGUGCAUCGUUACCUCGCAGGGCAAUCAGGUCGGGCCGCAGUUCAUCACGUGGUACAAGGAUGGCAGACAACUACCAGGGUCUGGUCACACUGGUCAGACCUUGCUGGUGCCUUCUGUUGGUCGCGAAGACAGAGGCAUGUACCAGUGUGUCGUUCGAAGGCAAGACGGCGAUACUGCUCAAGCUUCUGCAGAAUUACAACUUGGAGAUGCUCCACCAGUUCUAUUAUACAGUUUCAUAGAACAAACUUUACAACCAGGACCGGCAGUAUCAUUAAAAUGCACCGCCACUGGAAAUCCAACUCCACAAAUUACUUGGGCAUUGGAUGGAUUUCCUCUUCCUUCUAAUGGCAGGUUCGUGAUCGGCCAAUACGUGACGGUGCACGGUGACGUCAUUAGUCACGUGAAUAUUAGCCACGUCAUGGUCGAGGACGGCGGAGAAUAUAGUUGUGCAGCCGAAAACAGGGCUGGGAAAACAUCGCAUGCUGCGAGGCUCAAUGUUUACGGUGCGCCUUACAUCCGACUAAUUCCCAAAGUGACCGCAGUAGCAGGUGAAGGAAUGCAACUAAAAUGCCCUGUGGCAGGGUAUCCCAUAGAGGAAAUUCACUGGGAACGGAGCGGUCGUGAGUUACCCGAAGAUAUUAGACAACGUGUCCAGCCGGAUGGAAGUUUGGUAGUCAGUCCAGUUCAAAAAAAUGCAGACUCCGGAGUUUAUACAUGUUGGGCCAGGAAUAAACAAGGACAUAGUGCUAGGAGAAGUGGAGAAGUUACUGUUAUAGUGCCUCCCAAACUUAGCCCGUUCCAUAGCGCCGAAGUUUCCCUUAACGUUGGCGAACGCGCCAGCUUAACCUGCACAGUCGUUAAAGGCGACCUCCCUUUGGUCACCACUUGGAGCAAAGACGGAAGACAACUGGACGCUUCUCAAAAUCAAGUAAAUUCCAAUGCCGACGGCGGCCAAUCUGUAACCCAAGUCGAUCAGUUCAACAGCAUCUUAGUAAUCGACAGUUUGACGCCACAACAUAGUGGAAAUUAUACUUGCACCGUCAGAAAUUCGGCAGCUGAGGCUUCUCGCUGGCAACGUGUUUUGGUUAAUGUUCCUCCCAUUAUCGAGCCCUUUUCCUUCCAAGAAGGCCUCGCCGAAUCGAUGCGGACGAGAACCGUCUGCGGCGUCUCCGGCGGCGACCAGCCUCUCACCAUAAGGUGGCUGAAGGAUGGACAACCUCUAUCUUCGGAAAGAUUUAAAGCAAAUGUUACAUCGCUGGAUUCGUAUUCUUCCCUUCUAAGUAUAGCUUCGCUCACAGCUGAUCACAGUGGACUCUAUACUUGCGUCGCUAGCAAUCCGGCCGCUGAAGUGCGACUGUCGGCCAGGUUGCAAGUCAAAGUUCCACCAAGAUGGGUUGUUGAACCAGCUGAUAUAAGUGUUGAAAGAAAUCGUCAUGUUUCUUUACAUUGUCAAGCUCAGGGUGUUCCUGUACCAACUGUUGUAUGGAAAAAAGCUAUUGGUGGUAAAUCUGGAGAUUACGAAGAAGUACGAGAAAGACCGUACACAAAACUUUUACCAAAUGGCACAUUGCUUUUACAACAUGUCAAAGAAGAUCGAGAAGGCUACUACCUCUGCCAAGCCAAUAAUGGUAUUGGUACUGGUAUAGGAAAAGUAAUACAAUUAAAAGUCAAUUCAUCUCCAUAUUUUUCUGCGCCUUCUCGUCUGGUAACUGUCAAAAAAGGUGACAAGGCUGUAUUGUUCUGUGAUGUUAGUGGUGACAAACCUAUAAAUGUUAUUUGGCUUCGUGGCGGAAAACAAGAGAUGAAUCCAUCUACAAAUUAUAGGGUGGCCGUCAAACAAGAUGCAACACCUGAUGGAGUUCGUGCUGAAAUCAUGAUAUCAGCAACCGAAGCUAAAGACAGUGGUGUCUACUUUUGUCAAGCUUCUAAUCAAUAUGGAAGAGACCAACAAAUGGUGCAACUUUUGAUUCAGGAACCACCAAAAGCACCAGAAGCUUUGGAGGCUGCCAUGGUGUCUUCUAGAUCUGUCAAUAUUAAAUGGAUCAGACGCUCCAGUGGGGCUGCUGAUUCUUCGGAUGUUUCAAAGUAUAUUGUACAAUAUAGAGAAGGCGAUCGUUCUUGGCAGCAAGUAGAAUUAACAGGAAUGCACCAACCAGGUGUAACAUCUCCACAACCACCAACAAGUGCUUUAAUUGAAGAUUUGAAACCAGCAACGAGAUAUUCAUUUCGGGUAAUUGCAGAAGGACCAGCAGGAAGAAGUGCACCAAGUACCGAAUUGUCAGUUCGUACUGAACCACAAAGACCAGCUGGUCCACCUCUUCAAUUAUCUGCCAGGCCUGUUUCUUCCACAGAAGUUUUAGUUACUUGGUCUCCACCUUUGGCAGAAUUAAGACAUGGGGAAAUUCAAGGAUACAACGUUGGUUAUAGAUCAAACAGUGCAAUUUCAGCACACUACAAUUUUAGUUCUGUAUCUGGUGAUGGUGAAGAUGGUUCAGGAGAGCUGUUACUAGGAGGUCUAGCUAAAUUUUCUAGAUAUUCUGUAGUAGUUCAGGCAUUUAACCAAAUUGGACCAGGACCUCUUUCAGAACCAGCCUCUGUCCAAACAAUGGAAGAUGUUCCAUCAAUGCCACCUGAAGAUGUAAGAUGUGCAGCUCUGACUUCUCAAUCUUUGCAAGUGUCUUGGCAACCACCACCUCCUGAAUAUUGCAAUGGUCUUUUGCAAGGGUAUAAAUUAUUUUAUGAACCAGUUGUGGAAGAUCACAUUCCUGGACUCAAUGACGAUAUGGAAACUAGAAAAACAACAGCCCUAACAACUGUUUUAACAGGACUACGCAGAUACACAAACUACAGUAUGCAAGUUUUAGCUUUUACCAGAAUUGGCGAUGGUGUACUGACACAAACUUCUCAUUGCCGAACUGAGGAAGAUGUACCUGAAGCACCAGCUGAUAUCAAAGUAGUAGUCAGUUCCCCUCAGUCGUUGUUUGUUUCGUGGUUGCCUCCAGUAGAACCUAAUGGAAUAAUCACCAAAUAUAUUUUAUACAUAAGGGCCGUGGAAGGACGAGAGGAACUUAACCACAAUAAACGCAAUUUAGCUUCUUCACAAACAACAUUUGAAGCCAAGGAUUUGCAGCAACAUGCUGAAUACCAAUUUUGGGUCACAGCUUCAACAAGAGUCGGAGAAGGCAAAAGUUCUCGUGUUGUCUCUCAAAUUUCUUCCAAUAGAGUGCCAGCUCGUAUAACAUCCUUUGGUGGGCCCAUAGUUCGCCCCUGGCGCGGUUCUGUAACCUUACAAUGUAAGGCCGUUGGUGAUCCAAGACGAGAAUGGCUUCGGGGUGAAGUUCCACUCAGAGCAGGAUCUCAACAUAAUGCACAACUUUUGGAUACUGGAGAACUGCAACUAAAUGCCUUGCAGAGGAGUGAUAGUGCAAAUUAUACCUGUCAAGUCGACAAUGGGGUUGGCACAGAUCGUCUAACUUAUCAUCUCAUCGUGCAAAUACCUCCAGGACCACCAGUCUUAUACGUAACAUCUGCCACAUCUAGUUCAAUUCUUCUUCACUGGAAAUCUGGAGAUACUGGUGCAGCACCCCUAAGUGGAUACACAUUGCACUACAGACGUGCACAUGGAAGUUUGGAAGAAAUGGUUAUGUCCAGACAUGCUUCCAGUCACGAAUUGAAGGGACUUCAAUGUGGCAGUACAUAUCAUCUCUACCUAACAGCAAGAAAUAAAAUAGGCAGUUCGUCUGCUUCUCCUACAUUACUGGUGAGAACUCAGGGACAGGCUCCAGGAACUCCUGCUUCUGGAGCUUUGCUUGCGCCAAAUUCUACCUCAGUAGUUCUAAGAUUACAUGUUUGGCCUGAUAAUGGUUGUCCAUUAUUAUAUUUUGUGCUUCAAUAUCGAGCUGCAAAUGAUGCCGAAUGGACUUUAGUUUCAAACGCACUGAAACCACAAAGGAGAUUUACUAUAUCAGGAUUGCAGCCUGCAUCUCUGUAUAGAUUAAGAAUGGAAGCUCAUAAUAUUGCUGGUCAAUCACAAGCUGAUUUCAGUUUCGUAACCUUGACCAAGGAUGGAGAACCACCACCCCCUGAACUAGUUAAAUUAGGUGGCUCUUCUGCUUCAAUGGGUUAUGCCGAUUUCAGAGUCAUCAUACCGACAGCUGUUUCUGUAGUUGCUGUUUUUUUAGCUGCAGCAAUGGCUUUCAUAUGCUGGAAAACUCGGCAGGUAGAUAGAGCUCGUAAAGAAUCUUUAGAAAACCAGCAAAAUGCCGAAGCGCAACGCGAGCGAUAUUAUGCGACAAUUCACAAAGUUGCCUUGCAAGCUGGACAGGAUAAAAUACCAGAAACCUCGGAUGACAUUUCGCCCUAUGCAACGUUCCAGUUGUCUGAAGCUAGCACUCUUGCUGCAGGUAAUACACUGUUACAUUCAUUUAUGUACCACGAAAGAGCUGGUACAGAAGGCUGUGCUAGUACUCCGCCACCUCAGAGAGAACCUCGGACGCCUUCUAGUUACGGAGCCGCCUCACCUUACAGAAAGGUUGGAAAAGGCAGACGGCGCCAUGCCCGAAAAACUGAUAUCGAAAGUGAUUCUGAAUCGGACCAGGAACAACUCACUUCCAGUAGGACAGAAUCUUCAAAUCAUUUAGAAGGGAAACAUAAACACGGUCUAAUAUACCAUGGAACAACGCACUCUAGUACGUCUUCGGAUUUAUCACCGAUGUCAGAACAAAAAUCAUUACCAAGAAGGGGGCGUACCAGAUAGAAUAUUGUUCUUUUAGACAAUCCUUAUGCCUUGAAAAAAACUGCUUUUGUUAACUUUCAAGGCAGAGGUAUUGGCGACAGGCUGGAACUGUCAGAAGCCGAAUGCGAUAUGGACACGAUGAAAAAUCUCAAAUUGGGCCUGAGAAGUUCCCUGUGGGCCCGGCCUAAUUCAGGAGCCCCUAACUCCGGCUCUGGAGGCGGCGGAGGAGGUGGAUUGAGCGGGCACCCGAGUGAUUAUUCGAUAGCCGUAUAG